UAUAUGGCCAAAUUACACGUGGGCUCAUAGACAUUCUUCUAACGAAGGAAUUGUUGUUUCCGAUCUCCGGCGAUCGAAAUCUUAAUGAUGGAAGGCAAAAGAAUUAGUUCGGAUUCAACCGCACACAACCAAUUGAAGAAAAUCAAAAUCGCCCAUCUCCCUGAAGAAAUUAUCCAAGAUAUCCUCUUAAGGCUCCCCGUCAAAUCCCUCUUGAAAUCCAGGUGUGUUUCAAAAUCGUGGAAUUCCUUGAUUUCCAGUUCCCGAUUCGUCAAUACUCAUCUCAAACGCUCCGCCGAAAACGCAGAUUUCGCCAAUCACAGAAUCAUCUUUACUCUUAUAAACCCUAGUUUCAACCUCAAGCAAUGCUCUGUUAAUUCGUUGAUGUGCGAGCCUCUGACCGUCGCUUCCAACGUUGAUUACCCUAACAAGACCCCGCAUAGUGCUGUUUGGGUUGUGGGCUCUUGUAACGGUAUAAUUUGCGUGGCGAUUGAUGAAAAGGAUGUGUUUCUAUGGAACCCAGCUACGAGAAAAUCGAAGCAACUCCCCCCUGCAGGCGUUGAAAUGAAGCCUGGCUUUUACUACAUUUGGGGGUUUGGUUAUAGUGAAUCCGAGGUUGAUUACAAGGUUGUGGGAUUGUUCUGUGCUUAUGGCGAUGGAGGUCUGCAGGAGUCGGUGGUGAAGAUUUACAGUUUGAGGGCUAAUUCUUGGAAGAGGAUUGAGGAUUUCAGGUGCGGCGUGCCGUUCGAUGAGACGGGGAAGUUUGCGAGUGGGAAGCUUCACUUUGCCGCGAGCAAGGGAAUGGAUUUCGAUUCUAGAUGGAACAUUGUCUCCCUUGAUUUGAAGAGCGAGGCGUAUGGCAUUGUGGAGCAACCGAGUUAUGAAGAAGGAUGCUCGGAUUUCUCUUUGGAGUUGGUGGGAGGUUGCCUUAGCAUUCUGUGCGACUAUGAAAUGAAACGGACGGAUUUGUGGGUGCUGAAGGAGUCGUGGAGUAGGCUGCUGUCGAUUCCUUACUUGAUGGAUCCGGGGAAGUAUGUUUACUCCAACCCUUUGCUGAUGAUGCCCAAUGGUGACAUCUUGUUGGUGUUUGGGGCGUGUUUUGUGGUUUACAAUCCCAAAGAUGAUUCCUUCAGAUGCCCCCGGAUUAGUAAUGUGGAUUCCUUCCUCGAAGCAGACAUCUAUGUUGAAAGCUUGGUUCCACUUUGAGUUGAAAGCUUCUCAAAAGGUUAGACUUUUAUGAUUUGUUGUUGUGAGCUAAUUGUUGAGCAACUAGGUUUCUUAGCUUCUAUUGCAACCUUGUAUGAUCAAUGAGAUUGGGGAUUAUUGCAGUGAUUUGGUUGCUGGUAUGUAUGGAAUGAAGUAUCUAGUUGAUGUGGUGUGUUUA